AUGGCUGGAGAUAUAGUCUAUGCUGAUAUUAAAAUUGAUGGGAAUUUUUCUUUAGAAAAUUCAUCCUCACUUCAGAAAUCUGAUCCUCGCCAUCACGGAAUUUUCCUGAAAGUUGGAUGUGCAAUGAUCAUCAUCCUCUUUGUAACAGUAAUUGUGCUGAGCAUUUUGGUUACCCAGUUCAAAUCUGCAAGACAUAAUACAGUGGAAAAUGAAUCAAAAGAGAAAUUCUGUACUGGGAAAAAUAAAUCUAGAAAAAUCACCUCAACAGUUUCUUUCAAUUUUUCCACUGUUCAUAAAUCAUGCCCCUCUAAAGACUGGAAGCUACAUGGGGGAAAAUGUUACUGGAUUGCUGAAGAUAAGAAAUCUUGGGAUGAAAGCAAAAAUGACUGUGCCAUGAAAAAUUCACAUCUCAUGGUGAUUCAAGACUUCACUGAUAUGAGUUUCCUGUGGCGGUACCUAAAUACUUCAGUGUUUUACUGGAUUGGCUUAACUAUUCCACCUGGAGGGAAAUCAUGGACCUGGGUAGACAACAACCCUUUCGACUCCCAUCUGUUUUCAAUAGAGGAAAAACGGGUAACCCGGAGCAAGAAAUGUGCCCAGGUGUCUUGUAGUAAGGUAGCCAGACAAAACUGUGAGCAAAAUGAUCAAUGGAUUUGUCAACUCUAA